AUGGCCAAGUUCGCGUUGCGCCGGGGGAGGUUCGGGCACUGGCCAAGGAGGUUUUUUGUGCGGGCAGACACGGGGUCUGCGGUGGUCGAUCGCUUGUUUCGAGUUGCUUUCGGGUGUAGUAGUUACUGGGGACGAAGACGUUCGCCGUCUUCGCCUCUCUUUAACAGUGCCAGUCGACCAAGGUCGAAAGGUUUGCUUUCAAUGCUUAACACAGUUUUGAGGGUUGAUGCAUAA